UAAAGUUCUAGUACAGGGAUUAGUAAACUUAACGACCUACAGCCGAGUCCUCUCGUCAUUAUUUUCCUACCGACGACGAGGACGACCUUUGGCGUUUCCAGGUGGGUUGUUUUGUUUCUUCCUCUCCCUACUCGAAAACUCAAAAUAACCGAGUUACUGACUGAAAUAAGGGAGGUAGCUUCACGUCAAGGCUACUCUUCCUCCUCGUCAGUAUUUCGGUUAUUCUGAUCAAUUACUUGCUUAUUUCAGUUUUUCGAAUAAUUCGUUAUCGUUUCACGCCACACGAAAACGAGAUGGAUGAGCUGUUUCCUAGAAGGGGGCGAAGAUUGAUUUGUGUGAUGCUGCUCUUUCUAGGAGGGAGCAAGAUUUGUGCACUCGAAGAUGCUCACUUUGAGAUCUUCAGGGACAAAGCCCCCUCUGAACACACACCACGCCUUUCGCGCCACAAGAAACAAGUGGUCGAUGGCUUACAAGUAGUAGGAUUGUAAAUACUUCUUCUUAGUAGCAAGCACAAGAGACACAAGAAUGUUCUUCAGGGAUCAAUAAACCUGCUAGGUAGGAGGAUGAAAAACCAAUGUAGGUUCGGAGAUGCUUAAAGCACUAAGAAGAUAAAGGGUUCAACUUCCUUCGACUUUAACCCUACAGCCAACUUAUACUACACUAGUGCGUUACUUCUGCUGUCAGGAACAGGAUUUCUUAGAAUGGCGAAAGACCUAUAAUAGAACUAGAUGAAUGGCACUACGACUGGCACGAUCCUCUAAACCUAUCACAUGACACGAUGCUCCCCACCACAAAGUGCAACUUUUCUCCCCGUGAGAUUACCUCUUCCGGCUUCCCGCGGGGUAAUUAAACGGAACUAUUGCGGGAAAUUGUAGACCCAGGCAUAACAAAAAAAACGAAGCGGCUUGUUAGGGAAAUGAAUGACUGAGUAGGAACCAGUACAACAAUACUUUAUUCAUGAAUAAUGUUCUUGUUCUUAGAUUUGCCCGUAUCUUCAUGAUCAUCAUGAGACUAGAUUCAAAAGUGCUUGAUUGUAAACAAGAACCCUCACAGUGAAGCUGUCCAUACAAGAACCCCGACACCGAGUGGCGUCUACGUUUCUGGCGACCGAUGCUGGGCCACGCAUCGAGUUCGUUGUACUACUAACUUACAACUUUUGUGGCUUCUGGUGUAACAACUUCCCUGCAGAGACUGACUGACCCCAUGAAAACUACAAACCACGAAGUUGUUGCGCCUGAAUCCAUCUCCUCGUCGUCCUCCAUAUAUCGUUGUUGUAGUACUAGGGGUUGAAUUUUCCAGCACCACCUCUUGCAUAAGACAAAGCGCGACCAGCUGCGGAUUUAGUUG